AUUACAAUCGAUCAGAAAUAAAAGGCUGCCUGUUGCCCUCAAUGAAAAAGUCCGACAGGGAGAUCGACUGGUCUGCUUCAGCUGAAGAUAUAUGCCGAAUCAUUCGAAGUUCCGAUACACAGCCAGGCGCCCUUGCUAAUAUCACAUUUCUGGACAACAACAUACAGCUAACCGAAACGUAUAGGGUAUACGGUGCCCUCAUAGAGCAAGACCGUAGUGGAGUUUUGGGACAAAUGUUGAGUGCCUACAAACCUGGUUCCGUAAUUGGAAAGAAGCAGGGGGCACUUUUGGUUAAAAGCGGAGACAAUGGGGGAGUAUGGAUAACUUGCCUGAAGAACAAAAAGAAGUUGUCCAUCAAACUGCCAGCAGUGUCUGCAAUUUCACCAACGCUGGCCUCAGAGAUUGCAGAUUUAGGCAGUUUGUCUUCAUAUAGCCAAGUUUGGUUGAGACAUUCCGGACAAGUGUGCUACGUUCACUUUGAUUUUUACAAUGGUGCCAUGGACUGCAACCAAGCGGAUCAUUUGAAAGAGGUCCUUAGUCAAGUUGCCAAGAUGAGCCACGUCCGCGUUGUUGUGUUGAUGGGCGGAGAGCGUUUCUUUUCGACAGGAAUCCAUCUCUGUCGGAUUGAAGCCAGCAGCGACCCAGUAUUGGAAGCUUGGCAUAAUAUAAAUAAAAUCGACGACGUCAUACUGGAAAUGAGCAAGAUGACUGAUAAGUUGGUGGUUGCUGCUCUUCAGGGGAACGCUGGGGCCGGGGGAGCGAUGCUUGCGGCAGCGGCCGACAUUGUCGUAUCACAUCCAGGUGUACUGCUGACUCCUUCUUAUCAAAACAUGAACUUGUAUGGCUCGGAAUACUGGACAUACUUCUUCCCGAAGAGAGUUGGUAAAGAAAAGGCAGAUGAAAUAAUGUAUUCUAACCCAGAGCCUAUCCUUGCUGAGCAUGCGCAAGAGUUGGGCAUUGUGGACCACGUGAUUGGAAAGAACAAGAUGGACUUUUAUGAAAAACUACCGAACUUCAUUGACGAUUUGACCACGGACAGAACUACGGAAGAUAUCAUCACGACCAAAAAACACACACGUAACAAAGAUUGGUUCCAAGUAAUUUCUAGUCACCGGGAUAAAGAGCUUAAGCUGAUGUGGCGGUGUUUUAAUUCGCCCUUCUUCCACAGAGAGAGACAAAAGUUUGUAUGCAAACUUACGGACAAGGAAUACGACGAACUGAACAUGAAGCCACCUGCCCUUAGCAAAAUUUAAGGCUUCUUGCAAACAGUUGCUGCAAAUUUGCAACAAAUUUGCAAGAGGAAAUUUACCAUGUAAAUUAAGUCUCUUGCAAAUUUGCUGCAAACUCCCCACAAACUUAAUCAGCAUGACAAAAGGGAAUCUGUCACAGGUUUCUUGCAAAUUUGCUGCAAACUCUCAAGAACCAUUCAUGCGAAUUUGCUGCAAACUCUCCACUACAGUUCUUGCGAAUUUGCUGCAAACUCUCCAGAACUGUUCUUGCGAAUUUUCUGCAAAUUCACUAGAAGUUCUUGCAAAUUUGCUGCAAACCCUCCAGAACUGUUCU